AAUCAAAAACAAAAAAAGAUUAAACGUCGUAUUUUAUCAAAAUGUCUCUUAUUAAUCGCGUUCUCCCAUCACUCGCCAAUGAUAUUGGUCGAGCAUUUUCAUUAUUAGACGAACCACUGUUUAAUGUUGCUCGUCGCUUCCCUGCUUCUUUUCCUACCUUAUCUGAUCAACAAAGCUUCUUUCGCCCUUCUGUUGACGUUUUAGAAAAUGAUAAAAACUAUGUCAUUGAAGCUGAAGUACCUGGCAUGAAAAAGGAGGAUUUAUCCGUAGAAUUCUUAGAUGAUGGCACACUAAUUAUGAAAGGUAAAAUUGAGCAAGGAACUGCGCCCUCUACUGAGGGAAUGCGAACUGUUGAUACUGAUACUAGUGGUAUUGUUAGUACUGGAACCAAACCAACUUUUUGGACUUCCGAAAGAGUAAGAGGUCAUUUUCAACGUUCAUUCCAAUUUCCUGGCAGAAUCGAUCCAGAAAACGUAAAAGCUUCUUAUAAAGAUGGCCUUUUGUCGAUCGUUGUUCCCAAAGUUGAGAAAAGUGGAAAACAAAUUACAAUUGAAUAAUUGAACAAAAAAUUGCGUAAAUUAACUUCCAAUUCGUAUAUAUCAAAAUUUAUACAGUAAUUGUAAUUCAAACUCUGGUGGGAUAGCUAGAAUGGCAAUGGAAUUAGAAUAGCUUUUUUUUUUCAUUUAUAAAUAUUCUUUUUCUUCAAAAAAAAUUAUAGUUACGUAAAUUUUGUAAUAAAUUAUAAUUAAAAAUUCACGCAAAUAAAUUUUUUUACGAUCUAUUUUUUAUAUCGUAAUGAUAAAAAAAAAUAAAAUAAAGUUGUACUUUUAUAUUUUUUAUUAAGUAUUUAAAAGACAUCAUGAACGAUUCCCCAACAGGAUAUUUGCAGA